UAACCCCAACUACCAGAGGCUCCUGCAGGCUGGGAUGAGCUCUGCUCUCCUCCUUCCAGCUCGAUACAACCGUAGCAGCUACUUCUACCCCACGUUCUCAGAGAGCUCGGAGCACAGCCAUCUGUUCAUAUCCCCUGUGCUGGUGGCGAGUGCCGUCAUCGGUGUGGUCAUCGUCCUCUCCUGCAUCACCAUCAUCGUGGGUAGCAUCCGCCGGGACAGGCAGGCCCGGCUUCAGAGGCACCGACACCACCGCCGGCACCACCACCGCCGCCGCCGUCGGCAUCGGCGCCGCCACCGAGAGCACGAGCACGGCCACGUGUCCGACGGACACACGUUCAGCCACUCGAGCCGCAGAAUGCGCUACGCCUGCAGCCCCCCCGAGGACUGGCCCCCACCCUUGGACCUCAGCUCUGAUGGGGACGUGGAUACCAUGGUGCUCCGAGAGCUGUACCCGGAUUCUCCACCCGGCUAUGAGGAGUGUGUGGGGCCGGGAGCCACCCAGCUGUACAUCCCCACGGACGCACCGCCACCCUACUCGCUGACCACCUCCUGCCCCACGCUGGACGGCAUCCUCGACGCAGACAGCGGCCACAGCCCCGGCGGGCACCAGCAGGCACAGAGGACCCAGGGCCAGAGUGGCCUCCUCACCGUCUCCAUGGACACCCUGCCCCCUUACGAGGCCGUGUGUGGGGCCGGCCCCCCAUGCAGCCUGCUGCCACUGCCCGGGCCGGGGCCAGGACAAAAGAGCCUGCAGGGCUCACCCGCCCCCACCCGGGCCCCGGCCUCUCGCCCAGAGAGGGGCGUGUGAGUGGCCUUCAGGCCCACGAGGGCACACAGCCCCAUGUGCACACAUGGAUGCUUACACAGACACAGACACGACUGGCACACACACAGACGGGCACACACAGGCCCGCCAUGUACAUGCACACACAACCCACCUGUGAAGGUUCUAUUUAAAAAACGAGCCUCUCCCAGCCCCUGUCUCCUCCUCCCCAGCCUGGUGGUGCCUCCCUAGGCAAGGCUGGGGGAAGACGGGUGAGGAAGGGCACGGGGCUUUCUCUGCCCUCUUCCCCGGCUGCCCUGGCUCUCUCCAGGGCCAGUCUACUGCUGCAAUCACCCGACAGGCCCUGCCCAAGUCCCCAUUCUGCCUGCAGGAACUCCUCAGCCAUCCCAGGCCAGCUGCCUGCCUGUCCCCUACCCCAGGGCCGGCCUGCCCGUCUGAGGGGGUGGCGGGAUAGGCCUCAGCGAGGUGGCGGUAGUGUGCUGCACCCGUCUCAAUUCCAGGGCCAAAGAGCCACACCAUCACCACCCUGCCCCUUAUGGGGUGGGGCAUGCGGGUCUGGGACUCGGGUGCAACCCAGAGGCCUCACAGCCCACGCUGCCCCCCUCCUCAACCCAGUACUCUCAGUCUGGUGGUGCUAGUGGAGGCAUCUCAGAAGCCCCCACCCCCAGGCCACAGAGGGUGAACAGGGCCUUUGGUAGGGGCGUGUUGAUGGUGAUGGUUACAGCUCCCCACACCAGUCCAGCCACCUCCAGUGCCCAGGACUGUGUGUCUUUGAAGAGGAUGAGGCCACUGCCCUUCUCCAGGUGACCUGGCUGCAGUGCUGCCUGGGUCUGGCUCCCAGACACAGAAGGGGCCCCUGGCUCAGGAUGUGCCCAGCUGACUGUCGUGGCCUGACGUCUGAUGGGCUGGAGCCAACCCCAGAAGCUGGCACUUGUGUGAACUGACAUGUUCCAGCCUUGCCCCUGCCUGUGUGGGAGUGUGCAGAGGCAAAAUAAAGGGGAUGUGAGCCCUGUGAAUGCCAUCGUGCCACCACAAGAGGACCAGAGCUUGCAUCUCAGCCACCCUGCCACCAAAAGGGAGAUGUGGGGUAUGCCUGGUUGCAGAGAGGCUCAGCUCUUGGCCCAUGCAUUCCAGCAAUUUCUGUCAGAGACCAUGCAGGUACAGAAGCGACUCUUGAAGACCCAGCCUGCCAGAAGGUGGAAGCAAAGCAGCUUCAAGGAGUGUCCCUGCCAGCAUCGCCAGUGGCAGGGAGCCGGAAUCCCCCAGCACACCCUGCCCACCCAACCCCACGUAGUGUCACCCAUCUUCAAAUAACAUCGCCCCUUCCAUCCUCUCCCCAACAUUGCAAUUCCUCCAAUGAAGGGCUAAGACAAUUCAGUAAUCCCUUUCUUAAGAAGAGGGGUAGCACGGAUGGCAAUCGUGAGUUUUAUUUUCAGUAGAAAUAGAAUUUCUCCUGGUGCAGAACUGAAGGCGUCUCUCCGAGGUUCUGUAGCAUGGGCAAGCCCACAUCCUCCAGCUCCUGCUUCCGCGGGGUGGGGGGGGGGGAGGGAUCUUGUUUACAAGCAGUUCUGCCCACCUUUGUGGUGUACUGCUUUCUAAGCAAAAAAUAUCUGUCUGUCGGACUAUACAAAUGCACUCCAGGGAUGAGACUCUCCUGAGAAAUGGGUCCUGCUGCUGCAACUCUAAAGAGGGAUGGGGGUGGAUAAAAUCCCCCACCUUCUCCUCUGUGUGGGAGGGAUGGGGUUAAACAGCUUUUCUUGUUCCAGGACUAGGCUCUGAAUAAGCAACAAUGUAUCCUUUCUGUGUUCAAAAUAAAUAUAUCACAUCAAUAAAAA